AUGUCGCUACGAUCACUCGCUAUACAACACCCGCAUUUCCUGGUCUCGUUUCCCCACGAGCGGGUGGUCCAGGUGACAUUGAACCGUCCAGAGAAGCUCAAUUGCAUCGAUCUGUCUACAAAUCGGGAGAUUCAAAAGGUCUGGGAGCUGUUCGACCAAGAUGAGAGCUUAUGGGUAGGCAUCAUCACUGGUGCGGGGAGAGCUUUCUGCACCGGAGCAGAUCUACAAGAGUGGAACGCAAUGAACCAAGCCGGAGUCGUCAACGACAUGUCGCCGCCUGGCCUGGCAGGGCUACCCCGACGAAGUGGCAAAAAACCAAUUAUCGCGGCGGUCAACGGCAUCUGUAUGGGAGGAGGAUUCGAGAUGGUGGCCAACUGUGAUAUCGUGAUCGCGUCUUCGUCGGCCAUCUUUGCGCUACCGGAGGUGAAGCGAGGAAUUGUGCCCGUGGCCGGAUGCCUGCCGCGUCUGACCCGGACACUGGGGCUGCAGCGCACGAUGGACCUGACGCUGACCGGCCGGAGCGUCGACGCCAAGACCCUCCACGAAUGGGGUCUGAUCACUCGCCUGGUGGAGGCCGGCAACGACAUUGCGCAGGCCGCCGUCGAAAUUGCGGCCAUCAUGUGCGGCAACAGUCCGGACGCGCUGAUUGUUGGCCGCGAAGGCAUCCGGUUGAGCUGGGAGUCGGGGAGCGUGGAGGACGCCGUGUCGACACUGGCGGCACAGUCGUAUCCGCGUCUGGUGGAGGGGGCCAACUUUGCCGAGGGGAUCCGGGCGUUUGUAGAGAAACGGCCGCCACGCUGGUCCAACUCCAAGCUGUGAUACUCCGCAAUCAGAUAACAACCUGCAUGUGUUGGGCAGGCGUGUAGCUUGCUAGUGCUCGUAAUUCGGCGGAAUGGCCCGGGUGGAACCCACUCUGCUGCAGAUUUUUCAUCCGCUGCCCUUCAUGUAGGCGCCCAGAAAUGAAACCCGCCAGGAAUUCGUCUCGAGCAAGGGAGCAAGCCAUGGAAUGAAGUAAUAAACCCCAUCGCUGGUCCACCCAUGAGAUUAGGGGCGUCGCAUGCCUCGCCAGUGGAGGGCAAAAGUGCAUCUUAUCAUGGAUCAGAUUAGAUACCAUCACCCACGGUUUCGCGGUGUUUUCCCGUGGUCGCCGCCAGGGGAAAUUGCAUUGUGUGACCAAUGUGGGGCUGUUACCUAACCGGUUGGUGUGACGGUAUGAUACCGUCCGGAGGGGUAUAGACAGGG